GAUUACUGCUUGUUGCUUGGCAGGAAAAACAAAAGGAAAGUUUGGAAAAGUCAAGGGAUUUUUGUGUGUUGCAACUUUCUGCUUUUGGUGUUAUUAAUUAGACACUUACGUUUCUACUUUACUGGCAUCAUGAUGUCCUAGCUCUUCUUGACACCAUGGCAGAACCUGCAUUUCGACGAUCAAAUUCUCGCUCUCCUCGAGGGCCUCGACAACAUGGACGAAGGUCACUUACCCCCAAGGCCUCUCGGCAUUAUGGACGACGUUCACGUGACAGGAGCUACAGUGAUGAUUACAGUGACGACUAUACAGAUUAUUCAGACUCCUUCGUAUCUGACGAAGAUCCAUAUCCCUCACGGAGAAACAAGCCCGCGACUGGCCCCAAGUAUGUGCGAAAACCUGCAACAGUUCCAUUAAAAAAGAAGAAAUCCAAACCAUCACUCCAAAAAGCUACGACAAACUUAAUGCGCGUAGACCAAGUGACAAAAGCGAUGCAGGAAACCAGGAGGAUGAAGUACAACGAAAUGAAGAGUGAGUUAGACUCAAUGUCUCUGAAGUGCCAUGACUUGGAGGAGGAAAACAAGGUACUAAAACGACUCCAACGACGACAGGAGAAAGCUUUAGAAAAGUUUGAGCAUGAAGAAAGUGACUUGCCUCAGUUACUACAGAGGCACAACAAUGAACUCCGCAGUCUGAAAGACCAGCUGAGGAAGGCGCGAGAGAAGAACAGUCGCACUGAGCGCAGCCUUCACGAAGCAGACGCAGAGAGAGAUCAGCUGAAGCGUCAGGUGACAAAAUACCGUGAUUUGGCGGAGGAGCGAGGUCUGCCUCAGCGAGAUGAGAUGCACCGGCGUCUUCUUGCGGCCGAAGCUGACGUUCAGGAAAAGAACAAAAGAGUCAAGGAGUUGGAACGUCACUUAGAAAACUUAACAAAAAACCACAAGCAUCAAAUUGGCAUCGAAAUUGCACGCCACAGAGAGUUACAACGCAAGCAUGAAGAACUAACUGAUACUUUCAACAAAAUUCAAAUCCAGUUAAAGGAAAAAGAAAAGGAGUUGGACAUAAAAAACAUAUACGCCAAUCGAUUAUCAAAACGACAGCCUGCCUCAUACGGGGGCACACCCCACGAAAGCCCCUCCCCUUUGAAAGCUGACAGACAGCGUAGGCUCUCCAACUCUGAGGCAACGCCGAGACAGAAAGCAAAGGCAUACGAACAGGAGCGCAGACAAAAAGAGAAAAAUAAAACAGCUGCUGAUGAUAAACUGGCAUGGGAGCACCUUGAGUUUGAGCGGCAGCAAGCAGAGAGCCUGAGGGAAGAGAAAGAGCGUCGCGACCGCGAGAACAGAGAGAUGAAACAAAAGGAGGAGCGCGCCAUUCGUGAGAGGGUCGAACGUGAAGAACAGGAAAUCCGACUUAAAGUAGAAGCAGAGGAACGAGAAAAACGACAGCGAGAAGAGCGAGAUAGAGCAAUGAAGGAGGAGAAGCGUUUGGAAGAGGAGAGAGAAAGACGACGACACGAGGAAAUGAUGGAACGCCAACGUGCAGAAAAGGAGAAACAAGCGCAAGAAGAGCGCAUGAGGCAAGAGGAGGAGAGGCGAGCCCAUGAGGAAAGGGAGAGAGUGGAGAACGAAGCUAAACUUCAAGAGGAGAGGAGGAAGAAGGACGAUCUUCUGGCACGCCUCAAGGCACUGGAUUCUGGUUCUGAUUCACAGAAAAAAGAAGAGAAAAAUGCCAUCUUUCUCACUAAUGACCAUGAGAGUGGGACAUCAUCUUCAGCCAGUAAGAAGAGCGCCUAUAGCUUCAGUCAAGUCACAGAAAAUCUCCACAACGGGAAACCGUCACAUGAGGAAAUUGUUGUCCCAUAUUUGGAGAAACGGAGAAAUCGAUCGUUGUCUACAGAAGAGGAGUCAGGCUACCAGCCUUCGUUUACAGACUCUGUCUUCAAAGAAAAGAGACCUCCUAAGAACUCAUUUGCUGUGAUUUCAAACACUAAAGAAUCUCCUCAGGGUGACAUUACUGCCAGUCAAAAGGCUCGCAAAAAUAAUCUCAUGAAUGAAUUGUUCGGUAAGAGCCGUGAAAAUUCGUCUGUAGCUCCUAAAGCAGAAUUGUCAGACUUGAACGACUUUUUAGGACCAAAAACAAAUUCUUCCCCAGCACGUAAAAAGUUUCCAUGGGAUGAGAAAACGAAUCAUGCCAAUGGUGACAAAAGCGCUGACAGCAAUUCCAAGAAACCAAGGAAUUCUAGUGCCUUGUUUGGAGGAGGGUCAGCCUUGAUUGAUGAUGACACAAAUCUGAUAAGGGACCAAGGAAAUCUAUUACCGCUACGCACUCGCCAACAACCAACGACAAUACAGAACAAACCCACCGUUAAUGCAGUUGAUAACUUUGAUGACGACAUUGAGGAAGUCAUUCUCUGAGUUUGGUCCAAAUGGUUACCAAAAGCAAAAUACAGGACAGGCAUAUCCAGAAAUCAUAAUUUAUAAUUCUGGUAUCACAAGAUUGAUUUCAUCUUUCUUAAGGUCCUUUUUUUUUUUUUUAAAUAACUACAGAAAUUUAUUUAGACAUUAAUUACAUACUCAACAGUUUUUUUUCCUUAGGCUUUCAGGCUUUCAUGCUUUCUAACGUGAGGCAAGUUAUCUGCCAUUGAGAUAAUUCCUCAUAGUGUAAGGCCUGACCCUAUUACGUUUAUAUUCAUAUUUUUAUACUUUAUUGGGUUUUUUUUUUUGGUACCUAAAAUGUAAACAUAAGGUUUCUGUUUGUCUGACUUCGCAAGCAUGGCGACUCACUACAGUGCACUUACCUUUUUAUCUGCUCACUGCUAUUUGUCACUUUUGAAGGAAUACAAAAUUAUCGCUGAUUGGCUGCUGUGAGAUAGGUAUUAAGUCCAGGUUAUGCCCAGCCUAAAUAGAAUUUUAGAUUUGGCGCAAUUCUUCAAUCGUGAACACGGCUACAGGCAAUAACCCAGGAUAACCUCCAGCAUCAGCCAAUCAGUGCUGAUUCUAAAUCCCUUGACGGUUGUUCCUAUUAAAAAUUUUCUGUUAUACAGUAUAUGCACCAGGUAUACCUCUCUGUUAUGUUUGUUGUAUGUAUGUAUACAUAUCCAUCUCCAUUCGAAGGUCAUCGAGCCCUGUGUAAUGGUAUUGUGUAGGGCACUUACAGCUCAGCUGGAUUAGACUGCCCAGGUGCUGUAAUAUAGGCUACAUAUAUAUGUAGGUUUGCGUACCCAUGUACACUUUGUUUACUCACACACACAUGUAUGUGUACAUUUACAUUUAUACUCAUUGGGAUAAUUAAACGUGUACCGAGUAGCCACCUUCAUGUUCAUGAGGUUUUUUCUUUUUUUUCUUUGUUGGUUUUACUUUAAAAUUUUUAAAUGUUUUAAUCCUUCAUUUCAUUGUGAAAUUAAGGUGGCUGUUCUCUUAUAGCAUGGCCUGAAGUCAACAGCAAUAGUGUGUGUACCAAAGAUAUUUUUUACCAAAAACUGAUCAUAAAUGUUUGUGUAAGGAAAGGAGACAGUCAGCAUACUCAGAAAACUGAGUUCAGAAGACAUCCACAUUUACACACUCACCACAUUAUUUGACUUGCAUAUACAUACAUGAGAAUAAUUUAUUAUUUGACAUGAUUUUUUGACGUGUUUCUCACUUCAUUCAGUUUCAUUUCUUUUUUUUUUCCUUAUUUGGGAUGG